AUGUCUCCAGUCAUUUCAUAUGAAUCAUUUUUGGUUACCGAAUCGUUUCAAGGGUUUGAAGAUCCUGAAAAGUUUAAAAAGUAUCUUCCCAAGUUAGAAAAAUACAAGAAUGAUUUAAAGGAAAGCAUUUUGGAUGAAUACAAAGUAGCUAUGCCAAAACCAAUUGACGAGUUGGUCAAGGAUCAGCUUGAUGCUGUUGACUAUAUGUACAAGGAAAAAUUAUUGACACCAGAAGAAUUUGAAAUCACUGACUCCACUGCUUCAAAGAUUGUGAAGAAUAUUGGAGAUGGAAAGUGGACCGCUGUUCAGGUACUCAAAGCUUUUGCACACCGUGGAACUAUUGCCCAUCAGUUCACCAAUUGCGCCCAUCAAAUAUUUGUUGAUGAAGGUAUCAAACGUGCUGAGGAAUUGGACGAGUACCAAAAGAAAACCGGUAAGUUGGUAGGACCAUUGCACGGAGUUCCAGUCUCAUUGAAAGAACAUUUCAACUAUGCUGGUAAGGUGACUCAUUCAGGCUAUGUUUCAUUGAUUGACAAUCUUACUGAGGAAUUUGGUGUCACUCCACAAAUCUUGCACGACUUGGGUGCUGUUUUUUACAUUAGAACUACCCAACCACAAACACUCAUGCACUUGUGCUCAGAGAGUAACUAUUCUGACCUCACCAAAUGUCCAUUCAACAUUUCCUUGUCUAGUGGUGGAUCUUCCGCUGGUGAAGGUGCUGUUGUCACCUUUGGUGGCUCAGUUUUUGGUAUUGGAUCAGAUAUCGGUGGCUCAAUUAGAUCUCCAGCUGCAUUCUCUGGUUGUUUCGGUCUUAGACCUACUACACAUAGAGUAUCGAUGGAAGGUAGCACUUCCUCAUUGGGCGGACAAGAAACCAUUCAAGCUGUUUUUGGUCCCUUGGCAAGAACUGUGGAAGAUAUUGAUACAAUGAUGAGAACAUACCUCAACGAAGGUAAACCUUGGAACUUUGAUGCAUCUUUGAUUUGUAUGCCAUGGAGAGAAGUGCCAAAACCAAGUGCCAAGGAUUUGACCAUUGCUGUGAUUAGAGAUGAUGGGUUGGUUAGACCUUCUCCUCCGAUUAGACGUGGUAUCAACACCGUAGUUGAGAAAUUGAAAGAAGCUGGAGUCAAGAUUAUCGAGUUUACACCUCCGAACACCAAGCUUGCUUACGAAACAAUUAACAAGAUGUAUAAUUGUGAUGGUAAUGAAACUAACCGUAAGAUGUUGGGUGAAAGUGGUGAACCAUUGGUUCCAUUAACCAAGUGGUCUUUGAACUAUGGUGAUGGUUCGAGAAUGUUUACUGUCCCUGAAGUUCGUCAAUUGCAUAUGACUAGAGACGCCUUGAGAAAUGAGUAUAACAAAUUCAUGGUGGACAACAAUGUCGAUUUUAUUUUGUCACCAGCAUACAACAACGUUGCUCCUCAUCCACGUGAAGUUUUCAAUUGGUCAUACACAGCAUUGUUUAACAUCUUGGAUCUUCCAACUUUGGUGUUGCAAACUGGAUUGAAACAAGAUCCUGCAGUCGAUGUGUGGACAGAAGAGGAUAAAAAGCAUCAGUACAGAUCCCAGUUGGAGCAGUUGGAGAAUGAAAUGUACAAGCCAGAAGAGUUUAAGCAUGCUCCAAUUGCCUUGCAAUUGAGUGGGAGAAGAUACCACGAUGAAGAGGUUGUUGCUGCCGGUAAAGUCAUUGCUGAUGACAUUUUGAAGGUCAAUUUACUCAAACAUUAG